AUGAAGCUGCCAAUCGCUCAAGCGCAACAGCUCGCGCACGACGUCCUCGUGCAAACCGGGUACACGCCAGAAAACGCAACACGGAUUGCCCUUCACCUUCUCGACAGCCAGCUCCGCGGCUACUCCUCCGCUGGCCUCGCGCGCAUCCUCGCAAUCCGCGAUCGCCUCGGUGACAAAAAGCCCGCUGAAGACAUCAGCAUCACAACCGAGACCCCCGUCCUCGCACACCUCAACGGCAAUGACACAUUCGGAUACCUCGUCGGCGAGAAAGCAACCGAGAUGGUGAUCGCCAAGGCCAAGGAGUGCGGGAUCGCCAUCGUCGCAGCAUGCAAUACCUGGACAACAGGGAUGCUCGCGUACUACGCGGAGAAGGCAGCCAAGGAGGAUCUCGUUACGAUUAUCACGGCCAGCUCGACACCAUGGGUUACCAUUGAAGGCGGGUAUAAGGGGAUCAAUGGGACGAAUCCUGUUUGUGUCGGGCUUCCGUCGAGUGGGAAGCCUGUUAUUCUGGAUAUUGCGACAUCGAAGAUUCUUCAUGCUGAUAUCGUACUUGCGCAAAGACUGGGGACGGAGUUACCAGCUAAUUCAGCCUUCAACGCGCGGGGCGAAUCGACGACGGAUCCAUUUGAGGUAUUCCAGGGCUCGAUUGCUCCCUGGGGCGGGUAUAAAGGGUCGGGUCUUGCAUCCAUGGUUCAGUUGUUUGGUGUGCUGGCGGGAUCACCGGCGUUCCCGCCGCCAUUGGAGCAGUUCGGGCUCAGUAUUAUUGCGAUUGAUCCGGCGAGGUUUCGGCCCAUUGCAGAGUACAAGACGGAGGUCGAUAAGUAUUGUCAAGGUGUUAAGGACAGCCCUGUCGCUGAGGGAGCACAGGCGCUGCGGCUGCCGUUUGAGGGUUCGGCGAAGGCGAGGGCGGAGGCGUUGGCCGCUGGAGAGGUCGAGGUUGACGAGACUGUUUAUAAGACACUAGUAAAGAUUGUGCAAGGAGUCAUUUGA